GAAUAACUAAAAAAUUUUAGUGUCAAGUUUUUUAAUGUGAUCUACCUAAUGCAUAUUAUUUAAAAUUAUUUGCAAAAAAAAAAUAUAUUAACUGAAAUUCUAUGAAAAAAUGAAAACUAAAAUAAUUAUCAUCACACAAAAAUCCUAUAGUAUCGUGUUCGCAACGUUUACUAAUUGGUGGUGGUAGGACCAAAACAGUGAAGCUCAAUACUCUAGGUUGAAUAUUAUUAUUUGUGGCCACUGGCCUAUAUAACCCAGACAGUUUAUUAAACGCUUGUGGAUAACUUCAAAUGGACAGAUAAACAAUGUUUGGAAAACGGCGUAAACCGGCAAACAAGUGAUAAGCAAAGGUGAACUUAGUGUUAAAAUGAAAAUACCGCCAUUUCAGUGUUCGUCAGAUGAAAAAUUGCAUCGUAAACACCGGUGCCAGGGGACCACCGAGUUCCAAGCAAAUACUGACGGACGUGUCUUGACGUUGGACGGUUUUUUCAAACCAACUACAUACUGGAAACCCACGAACAUUCGAGUAAAUGUCAAAUUAACAAUGGAAGUACCUGUUAGUAAACCAUCAUUUGAAGAAAUUCAAAUUCCUGUACCGUUCGGUUUUGUAAGUGGUAAAUGGUGGGGAUCAAGAGAUAAGCAGCCUAUAAUUGCAAUUCAUGGAUGGCAAGAUAAUGCUGGAACUUUUGAUCCUUUGAUUGAAUUACUACCAAAAGAUUUAUCUAUUUUAUGUAUAGAUCUACCAGGACAUGGGCGGUCUUCUCAUAUCCCUUUGGGCUUACCUUAUUAUAUAUUUUGGGAUGGUCUAGCUAUUUUAAGAAGAAUUAUUAAACAUUAUAAUUGGAGAAAAGUUUCUAUUAUGGGCCAUUCUUUGGGUGCAGCUAUUGGAUUUUUAUAUGCAGCAUCAUACCCUGAUGAUACGGAAAUGUUGAUAUCUAUUGACACAGUAGCACCAGUCAUUUUUGAUCCUAGUGAAAUUGUUAAAAAUACAGGACCAAAUAUUGAUAAACUCAUUUAUUACGAUGCAUUAGGACUUGAUAAAAUGCCUUCUUAUAAAUAUUCAGAUAUGAUUGAUUUAGUCGUUGAUGGACAUCAUGGAACUCUGACUCGCAAAUCUUGUGAAAUACUUAUGAGACGUGGCAUGUAUCGUGUUAAAGAUAACAAGUAUUUGUUUUCAAGAGAUAUACGUCUUAAGGUUGCGUGGAUGGGUUUACCAUCUCUAGAUGUAGUAAAAGCAUUUGCUGGUCAAAUAACAUGUCGCUAUAUGAAUAUCAAAGCUAAACCAUACAGAUCAUUAGAUAACUGGCCAAUUUAUUCACAAGUCUUGGAAAUAAUAAAAAUGAAUGCAAAAGACUUUGUUUUUAAGGAAUAUGACGGUACUCAUCAUUUACAUCUCAAUAAUCCAGAGUGUUUAGCUUCAGAUGUUGCAACUUUCAUUCAACAGCCUAUAAGCUAAUCACUGAUAUUGUACUAUAUCAUAAAUCUAACAUGUAAUUAUGAAAUAGCACUUAUUAUUUUGCCUAUAUUAUACAUAUUAUGCAAUUCAUAUUCAGUAAUAAUGUUAAUUUAUAUUUACUGUUAUUUUAUUUAUUAUAAUGUAGUUGAUAUAUAACUAUAUAAGUAUAUAACUUAUCUAUUAACAGACCAAUAGUAUUAUGUAUUACCUAUAUUUACAAUAUACUUACCUAUGGUUGAUUUUUCUACAAAAUUACGUGUUUAAGUUGAGGCUCAAUUCUUAGAUGGCUGGUUAGACCUUCAUUACCUCAUUUUCUAUCUAUAACUGUGAUAAUUCUCAUGAUUUCUAUUAUUCAUUAUUUGAUUGUUCAGAAUCCUAAUUAAUAGACUUAAUAAAAAAACAUCUAUUUUAUCCAAGUAGAUCACAGCAUCACCACCUUUUUAAAGAUCCUGUCCAUGGAAUAUGUAUAGACCUAAAAUUUGUUAUUAGGUGGAUUUUAAAAUUUCAUAACAUCAGAACUAUUUUGAUUGAGAAAAAUAGUUAUGGAGAGUAUUGAUUGACACAUAAAAGAUGGAUUUUGUCAAAUAAAGAUAAUAGUAUGUAGGAAAAGUUGGAUUUAGUUUGUGUGAGAAAUUUUUUCUGGUUUAUGCUUAUAACUGUAUCAUAUAAAUCAAAAUAAAUUUGAGUUGAUAAUUUAAAUGCAAUAUAAUUUAAUUUAAUACGGUCAGAGAUAAAUAGUGAUUUGUGGUUCAUAACUCAAAUGUAAGCAGAAGCUUUUAUUAAGUCAGUGGUUCCCAACUAGAGUGCCAUGAAAUUAUUUUAAAUAUGAAAAAUCAUACAAAUAUUUUAAAAUUUAAAAAAAAUAAUUUUAGGAAACUGGUAUGUAGGUAUGUGUGUAAUACAUAAAUUAAUAUUUAUCUGUGUAUAUAAAAAUUAUGUACAAUGGGUUUGCGUGCAAAGCGCUCUAAAACUACAUAACUGAUUUUGAUUUUACUCUAUAUUAUAAACUAUAUUCUACAUAGCUAAACAUAUUCAAAAUUAAAUAAUUUAUAAUUUUUUGUAGGUACUAAAAAUAUAAUUGUAUUACCGACAUACCAAAAUUGCAAUAAGUUAAUUCUAAAAAAGUUGACGAAUUAACUAAAUUUGAAUUUCAAAACGCAUGGGGUACGAUCAAAAUCAUAGAUAAAUACUCUAUAGUAUCUACUACCUAUAUUUUAUAUCUUUGAUAAUCAUUAACAUAACUAAAGAAUUAAAAUCAAUUAUACAUAACCCUUUUUUAAAAAAAAAAAAAAAGCAAAACUAGCUAGAAAAUAGAAAUUUAAGAAAAUGCCUAAAAAAAUUUCAUGGGGGGGGGUAUGACACCCCAAAUACAAUUAAGGUAUUUAUUUUAAUUUAAAAAUUGUAAUUGUUAAAUUUUAAAUGAAUUAUUAUUAUAUCAAUAAAUAUCACCAAUUUAUACAUUCAUAAUUUUUUUUUUCAUUUCAACAACUUAUUUUUUAGUGUUUAUUUUCAUACCACUAUAUUUUAAGUAAAAUGCUGCCAAAAAGAACUUUGUAAAAGUAAAUAGUUUAGUAUAGCAUUAAUUCUACUGAUUAUGACAGCCAUGGAAACACAUGAUCAGGUCAGCUAGUUUUUUUUAUAAAAUAUAAUAUAUUGGGCGAUGCCUAGCUAAAGAAAAGCAAAGUUAUAAAGUAUAUAGAAAUACACAACAUACUUAUAUACUACUAUAGAGUGCCUUGAAGUUUUUAGAAAAUAUUGUAGGGUGCUGUAAGUUAAAAUGAGCUUUCCAUCAAUGAGUUUGCUGGGAAACUCUGAUUUUAGGACUGGAGUUUGUUAUGCAAAUGUGGAGCUUUUAAUAAUUGUAAUAUAAGCAUAUAGUAUAACCCAUAGUGUAUCCAUAUAAUAGUAUAUAUUUUAGUGAAUUAUUAUGUCUAAGCCAGCGGUUCUCAACUUUUUUAAAUUGGCGUACCACCUACACGGUUUGAACAUUUUUAUGUACCACCUUACUUUUUUUUUUUUUGCUUAUUAAGUAUACAUUUAUGUUAUAUGUAUAGAAUUUAUCAAGGGGGAUUUUCUUUGAGUACCACAGGUUGAGAAGUGCUGGUCUAAGCCAUACAACAAUAUUAAAAUUAUUUCUAUAUGACAUAUUAUAUAUAAGUUUUUAAUAAUAUAUGUAUUCUAUUAUAUUAUUUAUGAUUAUUAACAAAACAGUGUGUAAUUAUCAGUAGUGUGAUGAACUGAAAAUGUUUAAAACAUACCAAGAGCCGACUCAUCUCUAUAGACACAAAAUUGGUGGGGGUUGGCUAACAUAGAGUAAUGUAAUUAAUAUAUAACAAUAUAAUACAACUAAUUUUAUCUAGAUUACUUUGGGUGUGCUGCUUAAAACGCAUAAUUGUUGUAGCUUUUUCAAACAAUUCAGAAAAAAAUGCAACUGUACCUAACUGAUCUUGAGUUCUUAUUAUGACUUGUGUAGAUAACAGAUCAACAUAAUAUUAUGCUAUGCCAUUAUUAUUACAUAAUAUUACAUACAUCAUAAAAUAUUUAAUCGUGAACGGCCUCAAGACCUUUCCUGACCCUUAACCUUGACUAUGCAGUUGUUUAGUGUUCUAUAAAAUUGUUUUAUAUCAUAGAUAUUUUAUAUUGUGUAUAAUUCAAAAUUAAACUAUUAUUUGUUAUUUAUUAA